AUGGCCAACAAUCGGGUCCCUAUCAACUACCAAAUUCCUGGGUUCCCGUCGCUCUACAAUCCAAUACCAGGCCACGAUCGCGAGGCCUUUUAUCUAUAUUACACGACCGACAUCUGGCGAUUCACUGUCUACUGGACUUUCAUAUUCUAUGCAUUGACGCAUCUUGCAGUCGCUUCUUGGGUAGUGCUGACACAUUUCCGUAAUUGGAGUGUCAUCUGGCUCGUGCCCUUACUGUACAGCGUUGUGGCUGGUAUAGAGGGUCUUUUUGCAGGAAGUAUUAUCGGGGUCGUUCUCGGUGCAGUCUAUGAGGCAGGUAAUUUUAGGAUGUCAACAUGGGUACCAGCGCUUUGGGGCGGCAUCAAUGUGAUGGUUCUCAUCUUGACAAGCUUCCCUAUGCAAGGCGGCCUUUGA